GUCCAGGAGCUCACCGACGAUACCAUCGACGCGUACGUGAACGACGCCGACUACGACGUUCUCGUCGAGUUCUACGCGCCGUGGUGCGGGCACUGCAAGCAGUUCGAGCCUUUUUACCGCGAAGUAGGCGUGCACUUCGCGGGCAGCGACGUCAGAGUCGCGAAGAUCGACGUCGACGCGUACCGCGCCGCCGCGACGCGGUACGACGUCCGCGGCUUACCGUCCGUGCAGCUCUUCCCCAAAGGG